GGAGCGGCUCUUCUUCUGGCAUCUUUGGGAUCCCAAAGUUUUUUGGAUUGCAUUGCAAGUGUGAGAAAGAGGUGAAAAGGAACACAAGGAAUUUGCUCUGUACUUUUGGCCAUCUAUUCCUCCCAUUUUCAAUUGUGAAGGAAAACAAAUCGAAAUGGAAUUCUAGGUUCGCCUAAUUGAUUGUGCAUUUCAUAAUCAGGAAAGAAACGCAAGUGAUUCCAGUCAUUUCCCAAUAACCAACUUUAAUCUAUUGCAAAACCGGCAUUCUGUGAUUGAGUCCUUGAACAUUGUGAAAUCAGUGGAACACUGUGAAAUCCCGGUGCUUUCAAGGAAUGCCCGAACGGACGUCAAGGAUUGCCAACUCGCCCUUCAUGUCGAGCCAGGGUCUACUAAACACACUGAACCGAUGACCAAAGGGACCCGUUCCUUGAUGUUCCGAGAAUAAUUGGCCAGGUCCGGCGGCCUCCGGCGGGGGCCACCAGCAGCAGGCCAUCAUCUCGUUCUCAGGGUCCAACCCCGCGCACAAUGCCCACAACCACGCCUCGAGCACAAUAGCACACACAACGCCCACUCUUCUGAGGGAUGGCCUGCUGCUGCGUUGGUCAACAACCGCUCUCAUCACUUUCUUGUCAGGGUUGCCGCCAACAGCAGGCCCAACGUCAGGGACCAAGGCCAGAAGAAUGUCUCCUAGCUCAUCCGGGCGAUCACAACGACGAUUCAAGGCUAUGGGCGUGUCGGAUAUGCCAACUUCGGUCCCUCUUGUCUUAUUUGUGAUUCUUGCCCUAUGUCUUCACACUGUACCGGGAUUCCCAUCCGCUCCUUCGGAAGCGGACCACAUCACUGCCAAUGCUGGAGACUCUGUUGUCUUCAAUUGUGACGUCCACUUCCCCGAAGGAAAGGCCGUGCCCUAUGUGGUUCAGUACAGGAAAAAGGGCAAGGAUCUUCCCAUCUAUAUUUGGUAUGCCAACUAUCCAUCCCACGUGGACAAGGAGUAUGCCGGACGAGUCAGCAAAAUCGAUUCCAUGGACUCCAUCUACGGCCUGGCAAGCCUCAACAUCACUAAUGUCAAUGAGAAAGACCGUGGAUGGUAUAAUUGCGAGGUUCUCUUCCUCAACCGAGGACCGGAUACCACCAAUAAUGGAACUUGGUACCACAUGGAUGUCCAUGCGCCACCCUAUUUCAUGGACACUCCGGACGAGAUCAUGUACGUCAACACCCAUGACUCGACCAUUCUCAGUUGCGAGGCGGGGGGCACUCCAGCGCCUGAGAUCCUUUGGUUCAAAGGAGACAAGGCCAUUCAGAUCUCCCAUCGGAUCGGCGUCUUCAAUGACGGGACGGAACUGAGGAUUUCUAACAUUUUGGAGCGUGAUCUCGGGGAUUACACGUGUAUAGCGCGGAAUGGUGUCUACAAUGGAAGCAUUCACUUUACCACCAAACUUGUGAUGGCAGGCGCCGCUGUAAUAACCGAUCCGCCCAAGAAUCAAACCGCAGCCGAGGGUCAUGGCGUCAGCUUUGAGUGCAAGGGUGAGGCCAAUCCAGGGAACAUAUCCGUGGCCUGGUUUAAGGAUGGAAUACCGAUUCAAUCGGUAAGGAGUCCCAAUUUCGAAGCGUCUGUUACAUCAGAUGGAACGUUGGUGAUCCGCAAGGCGAAAUCCGAAUCCCAAGGCCGCUACACGUGCAAAGUCAGCAACGGCAUCGGAAGACCCAUCGAAGCCACAGCUUACCUAGCAAUUGAAUAUCCGGCCAGGGUGACGUACCAUCCUGAUGUCCAAUAUAUUCCGCGAGGACUGCAGGGGAUCAUUCGGUGUUACAUCGAUUCGAAUCCUCCAAUUCAGUUUGUCACAUGGACCAAAGAUAAAAGAAUUUAUGAUCCGUUCGGCCUGCCUGGAGUGAUGGCCAUGGAGAAUGGUUCCAUUCUCAUUGAUCGCGUGACCCAAGAACACGCGGGAGACUACGUCUGUACUCCUUACAACAUUCAUGGGACAGGGCGGUCCUCGAAAGUCAUGCAAGUGAUUAUCAAGGAUCCACCAACUAUGCUCAGACGUCCAGAACAGGAGUAUCACCGAUCCGUGGGCGACAAAAUCACCAUGCCUUGUCGUGCUAUUGGAACGCCUAAACCAAAGAUCUCGUGGAGAAGGGUGGAUGGGCAUCAUUUGCCUCGGAAACGCCAUAAAUUGUACAACGGAGAGCUGACCCUUGACGCUCUCCACAAAAGUGAUCACGGAGUGUACGAGUGUGUGGUCGAAAACGAGGUGGCCACCAUUGUGGCUCGAACUGAGCUGAAAAUUGAACGAACCACACCUCACGCUCCCACCAAUUUGACUGUGGCCAAUUCCCAGACCUUUGCUGUCACCAUCGAAUGGAUGCCCGGAUAUAGCGGGUGUGCCGCGUGCCAGCAGACUUACAAAAUCAGAUAUCGGGAAAAGGACUCGAAGUUCCCGAACUGGAUUGAACUGGCCGUCAAUCCCCCGGAUGCGAGGAAGAUUCGCAUCCACAACCUGAAAUCGAAUACCAAGUACGAGUUCCAAGUGAUUGGCACCAAUGAAUAUGGAGAUGGGAUGUACAGUCAAAUCAUCGAAGCUCAAACCAAAGCUGACGGGGGUUUGGAGUGGUCCGUGUACCCUCCUACUGCCUCACCCUCGGAACAAUCCACUUCCACUGCCUGCCGUGGUCGCCUUAGAAAAAAUGGUACUCUCACUUCAAAGCCGCGGGGUGCUCGAAGGAAACUUCUCUCAUCAGACUGCAUUGACCUCAAUUUGGAAAUUCACGGUUGCUCCUGCAGAAACAGUGGUUCUGGCCCCACGGACAUUCCCCCCGGCGAGGCUCCACCUCCAGCCACGAAUCUAUCGCUCACCCAAGAAGCCGGAGGAUGGGUCCUUCGAUGGCAGGGACCUCCGAAGGGCUCCAAUGUGAGUUACUACACCAUUCAGAUCAAAAAGAACUCCCAAGGAGGCAAAUGGAAGCCUUUGACCGAUCAAAAGAUCGAUGUAGAAGAAGCCUCCUACAUGUUUAAGAAUAUGGGCACCGCCAAGUCCUACUUGUUCCGCGUGUUCAGCCAUUCGGUGACCUCGUAUUCGAUCUCGGAGGAACACGCCUACGAUCUCCCGGAGAAUGUGAAACGCCGAGCCGUGACGGCCGGUCUCAUUGGGGGCAUUCUUUUCUUCAUAGUGGCCAUUGUUCUCUCUGUGUGCACGGUCAAGAUCUGCAAUAAGCGAAGGCGGAGGAAACAGGAGAGAGCCAUUCAAGAGAUCCAGAACUCUAAUGUGCCAACUUACAAUAUGGUUGCAUGCAGAUUAUCCCAAACUAGAAAUGGUGGCCAAAUGAGCCAACAAGUGCCUUUGAAGAGAAAUGGAAAGAGCGGAAUUCCAGCUAUGAGGAUGUCGCACUCUAAUAGCGAUCCUCAUCCCAUGUAUCGACCUCAAACGACCAAGAAAUCUCUCUCGCUUCGGAAAGGUCUUAUGUCAAUGUUUGACCAAACCGCUGAUUGCAUUAUGUCUUUAGAGGAGCGCCUCGUAUCAAUCAACAAUAACCAGACCGUCCACGGGCAGACUCACUCCAACCGUGCGUAUUGGUCCAAUGAGCCGGAUUACAGUGAUGGCAAGGAACGAGCUCGGCCGUUCAAAUUGGGAUCACAGCGACGUGGCGUCAAAUACUCGUUCCAUGUUGAAUACCCUUCGAGCUCGGGGAACCGGGGCCUGAUCUCACGUUCCAAAGAUGGCAAAUUUCAUCUCGAGGAUGACGAUGUCAACGAUGAGGGCGGGUUUGAAGUGGCAUUGCCGCCUAAUCGCUUCCGCACGAGGAGUGUGGCCAUCAUUGCCGGUUACACCUCGGAACGACUCUAUAGUAAUAUGCCUCCGGGGGCUUUCGUUGUAGAAAGUGGAAUGUACAAAGUAGGCGCGGAUCGAGAGUGGGAACGCCCAGAGCCGAUAUAUUGGCGACAGGUUGUCUAUGGCAAAAAUGGCAGUGAUGGCUCUGGCACCUUACCCAAGCCACCACAUCCUCGAAGCAAACAAGUGGGCCGAUUGGCGGAGGAGGAUUUGAAGCGUCUCAGGGCCAUGGAACCCUCUUCUACGUCAAUCAAUACCAUUAAUGGCAACAGUUCACAACAAAAUCUCAUUCGAACCAGUAACCUUGAACUGGUAAGGGCCGAUCAGGGUACGGCCGCCGGGCAUGUCAAAUUGAGAGCGUCCAGCCCACUGGAUCAGCAAGUGCCGCUCACCGCAUGGAUGAGCCCCAUUCACAACUACAGCGACGUCAGCUCUGUCAGUCAUCAAGAGAGGUCCAUACCCAGCACCCUCUUGACUAAUCCCACCUCCAGUCUCAGUUUAACUAGUCCAAACCUAACAGCGGAGAACACAGCCUCCAGCAGAAGCCUCAAAAACACUCAACGAAGCACAGACCUUCACACCAUUCCUGAACAUCUACCUAGUGAAGAGGAGGCACCACCCGCCUAUUCUGCCACGCCUGAGCAAAAUCUGAGUGUGGUUCAAGCCGACAUUCACCACCCAGGCUUACCCAAUCAACCCCGGGCCUACGCUCUUCCUUCCCAGCACCCAUAUUGGGCCGCAGGCCAUACCUACCUCAACGCAGACGUAAUGUUUCCCAACUAUGCUUUGAACUAUCCCGCUCCCGUACAUGGUAGUAUAUCGCCUUCUCGGCAAUAUCCCGACUUGCCCACCCCGACCAUUCCGUACUGGCAUUCUUUGUAUGUCCAACCUGCGGUGGAUCCACGUUUAUGGGACCUGCAAAACCCUUUGGCCACAUCCUCCCCACCCAUUCGUGAAGCGGCCGGUGAAGCUCCACCCGAGUAUGAAAACAUGAAGUACAUGUCUGGCCGCAGGACUGCCAUGCAACCACCAACCAGGCCAAUCAAGCGGAAACCUCCCGACUUGGCUCAAUCGCGAUCCAAGCAAAAUCGACAUUCAGCUGUGAUAGAUGGACAAUUGGCCAACCGACAAGAUCUCAACAAACCAACUGUUAGCGUAAGUUCUAGUUCAAAAAACAAUCCGGGAACCCCGGGUCAGAGUCGCUCAAGGGCAGAGGAUCAGCUGAGCCUCGUGAGUGAAGUUCUGGACGCAGAGGUCACGGCCUUGACCAAUUCAUCGUCCCCGGGCAGCUACAGCAAUGGUGGCACAUUUGAUGGGCACGAGCAGCAUGAUCUCGAAGAGGUCCAAGAGGCCAUUAAAAAAGCAAAGGAACGAAUGGGCAGUCCGAGCACAACCACAACUACCCUGGGCGGCGGAAGUCUCUCUCAGCCUGAAGAAUCCUCGUCCUCGAGUGGAAUCCCUAGCAAAAACAAUUCGCAACACCAAACUUCUUCCUCCUCCUCUCAUUCAACAUCGGGCUCCAAUGCCAACCAGGCCUCUCUCAUGUCCCCUGAUCUCAGUUCCAAAAGUACUCUGGAACCCAUUCUGGAGCCUAUCCAACCAUUUUAUGAAAAUUGGCCCCCACUCAAAGUUGGAACAGGGUAUCUUCCAGCAAUUCAGCCCAAAGUUCACACCUAUUAUGGCUACCAGUACGUGACUGGUCUGCCAUCGGGAACACUGUCCAUUGCGCCCCCGGGUGCCGAACUUUACCUCCCUCCUCUAACCCCUCAUCAAACCCUAGGGCUCCUGGCAAAACCACAGGCCGCUUCUCGGGCCAUUAACAGAAGGGUCGAGGUCACUCCCGGAGCUGACUUGAACACAUCACUCGACACACCUCCUUCAAGGUUCGAGUCACGCCCAGGCUCCUCGCAUUCUGCUCCUCUCUUAGACGUCAGCAUUGACCGUCAUUACGAGUUUGACGCCCGGAGUCCAACGGAGGACCUCCAUUACCAAAACAUACGAGAAGCCCUGCCCCGGCAGUGGAACCGCCCGUACUUGGGGUACAACCCUCGGGCUCGUGAGCUGGAAUUGGGAACGGCCGCGUCAUUGGCACAAAGUGAGAGAGUGUUCAGCGAUUCGGAAAUCUACUCACCUGUGUUUCCUCGUGGUCGACCUGAACCUCGGGAGAACAUCCAUGAGCGUGUGCAAGCCAUGAAAAAAGAGUUUCAAGAGUAUCGACAGCAGCAAAUGGAGCUCAAGCAACAGCAGCAACAUCAAGAAACUCUCGGCACCGGAGCAGACGGCGAUUCUUCGACGGAAGCUAACGAUGGUCUCGGCAUCACAAAACUUGAGAGUCUGAUCUGAAGAGUGACUCAAGCACCAAGUUGGAACAAGAAAAGAAAACAUCACCUCCCUGAAUGACUUAUUGACUCAAAGAACAAUAUUAAGAAGUUUAAGCAAGUGCGCCUCAAAUGAACACUAUGAGAGUUUGUUACAGUGCUUGAUCAUCAUCUCUUUCCUCCCCCCACCCCCUUAAGCGAAUAACUAAAAUAACAAGUAAAAGCUCGCCCAGAGGAGCCAAUCUAUAAAGUCUACUACCAAUAAUAUUUGAUGUGUUGCUCAAGAGGAUUGAAUUCUAUAACUAUACCAGAGAUUAUCAGAAGCGAAUAUGAUUUUGCUUGUUCAUAAAUUUUAUUAUAUUCGACUCAGUUCCAUUGAUCGAUUCAUGUCUUGACCCGCUAAUCAGAAGUAAAUGUCAACUCAUUCCAAUCAAUCCGAACAGACAACCGACGAAUACUGUUUUGCAUUGUCCCCAGGCUUCUCAAAAUCGAUUUCGUUUCCACCCCGCUUUGAACGUGAUAUUUGGGACUGCUUUUAUGAUCCCCCUACCAUUGAUUGCAUUCUCCUUUACAAUUCAAUAAGUCUCAGAAGAGACCUCCCAACAGAGGAACGAACAUCCGUGUAGUUGUCACCAAGGUUGCGUGUUUUCUAGCCAACAACUUGCGAGAAUAAUUCUAGACAUGGUUCAUUUGUUCCUGUACGGAGGUGGUGUACCUUCAAACCACCCUAUUAGAAAACACAAAUCUUCCCAUUUCCAAAGACGAGUUCGAAUUCACGGAGUAGAGUGCUUGAUGAAAAUGAAAGAAUGUGGAUUGUUGCGGUUCAUUUCAGAGCUAUACUGCUAUCAGCCGUGAAUGAUCUAGCGACAAUGUUGUUUGAUUGAAAAGUCUUUUUAACGAAUGUGUGGUUGUUUCUAUCAUUUGUUUUGAACUGAACGUGUUUUGAAGACUUUGAAGAGAAAUAGCAGAUUUCGAUUGAACUUUUGAUAUGAUCAACCAUGGUGCAGCACAAUAAAUAAAUGAAUAGAUUGACAAGUUUUGACUUCAUCUUCUCCUGCGACAAUUUUUGAAGAGGAACAAAGAUAUUGGUCUGAUACGGAUCUUUCUAACCUGGACAAGUAAUCGCAGGUAUGUUAUGACGCCACAUAUGCGCUCUACACAUAUAAUUCGCACAGUCAAAAUGUUGAUUAAGUUAAAUAUUAAGAUCACGUUAACAUCAAUCAGAAAGCACAUACCAUCACAAUUUCGCUUCUGGAAUUCUACAAGGCGUCCUCUUUUACAAGAGAAGUCUAGCCUUUAUUACAAGUGAAGAAGCAAUCUAGAAUCAUAAAAUUGUUUUCUCCCAAAACAGACAAAGAGGCAAACGAAAAACCAAGACGUUGAAUCUAGUUGCUUUAUACCUUAAAGUACAUGCAUGGACUCAAAUUCAUGAAUGUUAUUGAUUGAGCUUGGAAUUUGGUUAGAGGUUUCAGAGGAUUGAUUCGGAUUAAUGUUUAACAACAAAACUUUUUUACAUUUUCAGUAACCUCUCGGUCAUUCAAGACUUAAAAUUUAAUUUGAAAAUUCAAUAACCUCUAACAAAGCGCACAGUAGACGGAUUUCAGAUACCUUUAUUGAGACAUACGCAGUAUAUUCUGCAAAAUGGCAACGUUAGCAAAUACACACUGACGUCAAGAAUGUGCAGUUCCAUUUUGCCACAUCACAUCUGUUGCACCCUGCAAUCCUGCAUGGCGCACUCUGGAUUGAAAUCCGUCCCCCUUCCGAUCAAUUCACAUCAUGGCACCUGUUCAAACGUUGGUGCAUGCUUUACCCUCCCCUUGGCAAAAGACGCUAAUCAGCCGACACUUUCCCGAGCUUCCGUUUCUAUGAAUGACACAUUGGCCGAGGACGGAAUGGAAAUAUGAAUCAUUAUGAUUACUACCACAGUAGCAGCUCCCUCCCCGACCGAUUUAGAAGUCCCUCAAACUUUGAACAGUGGUUCCUUCAGCUUUUUUACGACCUAAUUCACAGCCCUCGAAAUGGCAAACAAUAAAGGUGAAAAAACCAAAGGGAAGCAAAAACAAGCUCAGAUUACAUGGAAUAAAAA